AUGAGUUCUUUUGGGGGCCGGCGCAAAGCCCGCGUCAUCAAGGUCGACGAUGCCGAAGAACCCGGAGUGGCUACCCAAUCCACCACCCAAGAUACCGAGUCCAGUCGAGACGACGAGCCCGGCAAACCAGCCUCCGCGGCGACGGCGAACUUGGGCGCAGCCACAACGACGACCACGAAAACGAAAUUCGGCGAUGACGACGACGACGACGACUCUACGGGGAAUGUGGUGGUGCGAGGGUCCCUGAGCCGCGCCAACUCGACGAAGCAGAAGAAGCGUAAAUCCGCGUCCCGAUUAUCCUUUGGCGUCCGCGCCGACGACGACGACGAUGACGGCGAUCAGGCCGAGACCUCGGGCCUGCGCACACCAGAGCUGCUGACACCAAAGAGAGGUGGUGAUGUUGGUUUGAAGAAAGCCAUCGCACUCAAGGACCUGGCCAUGCGGUCUCGGGGGAGGAGGAGCGGCCGAGAUACGCCCCGGAACUCGGGGACGGAAGACGAGGACAUCCACAUGGACCUAUCUGAGCUCGAAGGCGCCGUCGUCGUCGACUCGGCCGAGCUGGAAGCGUAUUCAGGCACCGGCGGCAACGACACGGCCUCCUCUCGUAUAUUAACGGACGCCGAGAUUCGCGAAAGAAGGAACGCCAAGGAUGAAGACUCGACCCGCCUCGUCCACGAAGACGAGAACCUGUACGAGGGCUUCGACGAGUUCGUCGACGACGGAGGCGUCGCCCUCGGCCGCAAAGCCGAGCGCGAGGCCCGCCGCCAGAAGCGCGCCGAGAUGGCGUCCAUGAUUCAAGAGGCCGAGGGCAACUCGGACGAGGAGUCGGACGACUCCGAUGCCGAGCGCCGCGUCGCCUUCGAGGCCUCCCAGUCCCGUGCUGGCAUGGACGGGCUCCGUCGUCCCACGCAGAACCCAGCCGAGGCGGCCAAGCCCAAAAUCACACCCUUAUCCACCAUGUCGGAGUGCUUGGCUGCUCUGCAGGCAUCCUUCCGGCUCGCCGAGCGGGAUCUCGCCGCCAAGAGCAAGGAGACGCUCCUCAACGAGGCAGGUGAAAAGUACCGUGCUGUCGCUGGGGCUCCUAGAGUGCAGAUCGAUGGCCCUACGGACUCACCCGCUCGGCAGAUAUUGCCGGCGGAGUCGGCGACCGAGUUCGCUGCGGAGAGAGGGCUCGAGAGCUUCGGUACGCCGGUGGCGAAGAACGGGGCUACGGAUGAAGUGGAAGGAACACCCUAA